AGGUUUAUGUCCCUUGCAGCGGGGCAGAACAUGCAGCAUGGGGACAUGGGGGUCUCAGUGGGAGGGCAAGAAAAAUGGUUGUGGGUUCAGGUCAGCGUUGGUGAGGGCUUUGCUCCGGGUUGCACACUGUCGGGAAGCAGGGUGACUCUGUGAUUGGGUGCCUGUCUCAGUCUCCUGAAGCUGCCCGAACAAACGACCACAAUCUUGGUGGUUUAAAACAACAGGAAGUCGAUUUCUCACAGUUCUGGAGAGCAGAAACCCACAACCAAGGUGUGAGCAGAGCCACACACCCUCUUAAGGCUCCAGGGAAGAGACUGUUUCAGUCUUUCUCUGAGCUUCUGGUAUUGCUGCCAGUCCUUGGCUGUGGCCACAUCCCUGCAAUCUCUGCCUCCCUCUUCACGUGGCCUCCUCCCGUGUGCCUCGGUGUCUUUCCUCCUCUUCUCAUAAGGACACCAGUCACUGGGUUUGGGCCCACCCUAUCCAGUAUGACCUCAUUUUACGGAACUACAUCUGCAAAGACCCUAUUUUCAAAUAAGGUCACGUGCUGAGGUUCGGGUGAAUGUGACAGACCCAGUCCUCCUAGCAGCAGCCUGCUAAGGAGACAUGACAUUUGACAGCUGAUGAAGUGGGGUCUCCAGUGGUUGAGUCGCCCAACCAAGGUGUCUUCUGUCACCCAUCCAAGGUAGUCAUCGCGACUGAGAUGGGCUUAGUGGCCCCUCCCCAGGUGACGCCCAAAUCCCUGCCCAAGCCUCGCAGCUCAGCCCCAACUCUGCUGUCCUGGGGCAGCUUGUGCCCUAUGUCCUAACGCAUUCCAACCCGGUGGCUGCAUCAGCCCAAUCAGUGGCCCCAUCGCUAACCUCAGGGCCUUUUCAUCUCCUCCUCCAGGAACCCUCCAUGCUACACAGCAAGAUGGUUCUGUGCCAUUCUCCCCACACUUCAUACCUCCAACUCCCCCCACCAUGGGUGCUCUUUGGGUUCCCUGUGGGCAAGCUGCUUUGGCAAUGAUUCUGGGGUGAAACUGGGGGUGGGGGGCGGGGCCCAAUUAGGAGGAUCUGUGCACACAGGUGCCUCUGUUGACACAGCAGCUUUGAACACAGUCCUGGGUUGGAAGCUGAGCAGCCACCCAGCCUCUGGGGCUGGACUUCCUGGGGUGGGAGGAUGCCCAGAUGUUGCUGAGUUCAGAACACCUUCAGCCUGCCACCCUUGCUCUAAUGUCUCCAGAGUUCCUGGGAGCGCAGAAUUGGUCCCGAGUCUGGUGUUUCUGAUGGCAGGAGGCAGGCACAAGAGAGCGACCCUCCAGAGGCAAAGAUGCUGAGCUGGGGAGGCAGCAUAUUAAGAGUUCACAGGAUGGCCUCAUGACCUGAUUUUGUCACCAAGUCCGCCCCUCCCCCCAUCUCCACAGAGUCUGUGAUGGUGCCUGGGUACCCCUAUGUGGUCUUCAGACAGGAUGGCUUAGCAGAGCCAGGGCCAGUUUGCCUUGAGGGCAGAAGGCUCCAGCAGCUUCCUUUCUUUUCUUUGUUUUUUUAAGCAGCUUCCGUAUGAAGCCAACUGGGUAACCAGGUAGAUCGGGGAGCCCCGGGGGACAGUCUGAAAGGCUCCCUCCCAGCUUGACUCCUGAAGAUGGACGGGAGCGCACCGCAGCCUCAGUCCACGAGUGCGAGGACGUGCACACCGGCCAGCAGAGGGAGAUGUGUCCGGCAAGACAGCUUCCCCGUGGGAGCCGUAGGUGUGCCCUGCUGCGUAGGGUGAGGGAUCACAGCCUUGCGGCUGAGAGGUGCGUGUAAUGCCUGUCCUGCAGAGCGGUUUGGCCAGCUCCGCGGCCUGAGUGGCUUUGGGUGCAGACGCAGCUCUUCCUACGCAGCAGAGCAACGGAAAGCGCCAGGCCGUGGGCAUGGACCUGCGGUCACACAGCAGCACAAGUCUCAGGGCGCAGGGGUGCUCCGGGGCGGGGAGAACCAGCGGGCAGGCUCUGUGCUCACAGAGCUCCGUCCUAGUGGGGAACACUAAACGAGGAGACAAGAUGCCUUCCGUGGCUGAAAGUCUCAGGAAGAGCAAACCGGGGCGUCGCAAGGCUGCGGGGAGGAGGCGUCCCGGGGCUGCUCCAGCGCUGGGUGUAGGCGGAGGGCGCCGAUCUCCGGCGAGCCCGGCCCGCUGGGGAGCCCGCUCUGAGGCCAGCUCGUCCGAGGACCACAGCCGCGCCCCGCCUGCCGGCCUCCAUCCCGGCGCUGCUACCCGGGGACCGGCCCGCUCCUUUCUCUUCGGGCCGGCGGAGAACUACAUUUCCCGGCAUGCCUCCGCGCCCCGCGGAGCCCGGGCCUGCGACGAAAGAGGCCGCCGGGAGAAUACGCGUCAUUUCCGUUGCGCUAAUGGGCCCACGUUCUGCAGUCGUGAGCGGAGACCUGGAGCGGCAUCCGGCUUCCGGUUUUGCGCGACGGAAGUGAUGGGAGCGUGGCGCGCCGCGGCCCCGAGUGCAGUGCCGGGGUCAUGUUGUGCGGUGUCCUGGGUGUGCCGGCGGCCGGGGCCGUCCGGGCGCUGAGGCUGUCGCGCUGGCCUUCCCGAAGCCUGCAUCCGCCGCCCAGGGGCCGGGCUCGGGCCCAGCCUGCGGCCGAGGGCGAAGAAGAAGACGCUAAUCGCCCUGUUCUGUUUUCCUCCAGCAAAGCCAACCCGUCCCGCUGGACGGUGGAGCAUUCCCUGGGAAGGAAGCAGCAGCGGCCCUGGUGGAAGGUGCUGCCCUUCAGCCUGUCCCUCAUGAUUUUGGUCAUUUGGUGCUUCCUCAGGCAGGAGACAGGCGCGGACCGCUUCGUCAGACAGGUGUUGGAGGAAGAGGCGCUGGAGGCUAGCGAUCGUUAGGAGGAACCUGCAACUCCGGCUGCCCACGGGGCGACAACUUAAAGGGGUGACUGCCCUUGGGCUUUGACGUCGUGUUUGACAGUUUCUAUGGUGGUUAUGCGCGUAUCCAGACUAAAGGAUUGGGAUGGCGCACCUGGCCACGCUGCCCCGCCAGAAGGACAGCAGAAUGUCAGCAGAUACGAACCGGCUCUUGCCGGAUACCUGAUGUCCAACGAAUACGUCCCAAAGACUUUUCAGAUCCAUAGAAAAGGUUUUGGUUGCAGCGUGUGGGGUAUUGGAUGUGAUUUUGUACAUUAUCAUGUUUCCAAAGCAAUUCUGGUGACGCUUGUAAUCCGGUGGACUCCAGUUUGCAGGUCAUUUGCUUUCUGAGACAGAAUGACUGCAGGAGAGUUAAACUUUCUAUUUUAUAAUGGAUUGUGGUGUGUAUGAAGUGAUGUUAGUUUUACAAACUAACAAAUUGAUAAUAAAUUUUAAUUUGCUGAUGUAGAAUUAAGCCAAUACCUUUUUAUGGCAUCCCAUUAUAAAAAGGGAAGUUUUUAGUCCUUUUUCAAUUCCUUUGUUUUUCUUUUUUUCCCCAGGAUAGGAACUGAGGAAAGAAAUGUAAAUUGUGGACUACAUUAUCAGACAAUACCAGAAACAAUGGAACUUUCUCGGCUGUCUGCAAAUGUUUAUUUUUAGCAAGGCAACAAUUUGCUGAGUAGAAUAAAACUGAUGAGUUUUUCCUUUGACACAUUACAGUAUUUUGGGUAUCUAAAUGAUAUGUUUUUCAAGUGCUGCUUAGUAGGAAACCUGCUUCAUUCUGCAUUAAAUACAAGAUGCAUAAAGGGAAGACUUUAUUUACGUAAGCUCCUAGUGGAAGGUUUUUUUCUUGGCAUAUCUAUGGUGCCGAGGUUAAUUGGAAGUUUCUUUCCCUAGGAUGUUUGAAAACCACUGGCUGUAUGGUGGUGUACUGGCUCCUCGCACGUCUUCUGCUGAAGGGUUCAGCGUUCUAAGUGUCUUGCACACCUUGGUAAAUUACGCUUGUCAGAGAGGUGCGGCCGAUACAAGUAUGUGCAUGGAGACGGAGAGACCAAAGUUUGCAAAGAUUGACCUAAUCAUAACUCACGUUACAUUGUCAGUCCCAGUGGGAGCAAAGGACUAAGACGUUUUCCCUCUGGCCUCGUGUGGUUGUGACCUGUUUGGUUGUGAACUCUUUUGUUUGAGCAACAGGCGUUCAAACUCGAACGCUUACUUUACUCUCACUAGCUCCUGCGGGGGGAAAAGUCAGAACUAAUGAGAAUUUUUGUUUUAAUUAAAAGUAAUUCAUAUGAGAAAACCAAUGUGAUUUACAUGGAUAAGUAGACACUAAAAGGCAAAAGGAAGAGAAUCAGAAACAUCGAUAAUCCCACCACCUAAAGAUGCGAGUUCCCAGAAAUGGAACAAAUCAUUUUCUGUGAAGGUCACCACCUCGCAGCCACACUUCCUUCAAGGGCCUGUCUUGCUGCAGGCGGUCAACGUUGCAGGGUGCAGUUCAGAACAAAAAACGUCUGCCGACUCCAGGGUUCCUUCCGCUUUGCUGUCAUUUGCAUUUUUUUAAUUUACGAACCAGGUUGAACUUUUUUUUUAAAAAAUGUCUUGUAGACCACAGAU